UCGUGUUGCCCAAGCAGGCUGUGGCAGUGCAAAAGGUGUUGCCCAAGCAGGCUGUGGCGGAGGAGCGCCGCGGCCGAGGAGCCGAGUUCUUGCGGAGCGGCGGCCGCCAGGGGGCAGAGGCGGAGGAGCCGCGUUCUUGCCGAGCCUUCAUUGCCAGCCCGGACUCCAUGCCAGUCGCUCCGGCAAGGGGCCGCCAUCAGUUUCAUUGCGAAUGUGUGUGAAUGGAGUGAGGGACCGACGGGAUUCUUCUUGGAAAGUGCGACGAUGCUGGAAGGAGAAGAUGAGCCAGGAGAGACAGAGGGUCAGACUUUACAAGAAACAGGAGUAGUCACAGAAACUGAGGAACAGCCAGAGGAGGAGCAGAGUGAACCUGCCCCUCAGGAAGGGGGAGAAGAGGCCGAGGGACUACAUUCUGAACCCAUAGAAGGGGACCAGGAAGGAGAGCAGGUUGUAGAGGCAACUUUGACUCCUGAAGAAGAACCUCAACAAGAUGGUGAUCUGGUUGAGCAAACAGUGGAGGAAGAGGAGAGUGCAGUAGAAGGUGAAGCCCUCUCCGAGGAGAAAGGAGAAGUUGAAGAGGGACAUGACGUACCCUCCAAGGAGGAGGAGGAGGAGGAGGAGGAGGAUUCUGAUGGAGAUGAAAUAGAUGUAGGUACUGAAGAAGUGCCGACAGGAAACUUUUCCUACACUCAGGAAAAUGCAGAGGAGCAGACUGAAAUGGCUUAUGAAGAAGAGGGAGAGGCAGAGUCAGAGUUGCAAGAUGAAGCCAGAACUGAUGGCCACCUUGAAGAACAGGAUGCUGAUGUUGCACAUGAAGUCAGAGAGGAAAAUAGUACAAAGGAGUUGGAAGCAGAAAAUGAAUUAGAGCCAUCAGAAAUUGAGCAGGAUGUUGAAACAAAUGACCUUGAAGUUGCUAAUGAUGCAGAGGGUGAGGUUGAGGGCGAGGGCAUAGUUGAAGAAGAUGAGGUGGAAAAUGAAUUCCAGAAUCCAGAAGAGCAUCCCAUUGAGGAAAGAAUGGAGCUCGGGGAAGAAGAAGAUCACUCAAAGAACUUGGAGAUUGAAGACGGUAUGGAAAUUGAUGAAACUCCUGAACCCAGUGAGGCAGCCGAUCUUGCGCUUGAGGAAGGAAAAGACCUUGAAGUAGAAGAUGGCGUGAAUGGAGUUGCUGGAAUUGAAGCAGAAGAUGAGGAAGAUGUGAAUGAUGAAGGUGAUGAAUUAAGCCCUGAAGACCUCUUCAACAUUGCCCCCUCAGAUGGCAAGGCUCUUCCUCAGUGUCGUUUGAAGAGGAACUACACUUGUGUUCACUGUGGAUUUAACACACAAAAUCCAAGAGAGCAUCUGUACCACCUGAGGGAUGAGCAUGGGGAGCGCAUGAAGGUCUUUGAAUGUCCCCGUUGUAUAUAUGCUUCCAAGAACCAGCAAAAACUCAUUCGCCAUGCACGGAUGGUUCACAAACUAAAGAUCAAACGUCAGGAAUCUGGAAGCAGCCCUUAUAAAAGCCAUAAGUCAUCUCGUGUCAAGAUGUCACCCUCAAAGUCUGCAAGGGAGAGUGUUUCUCCAGGGAAAUCCUCUAGAAGUUCCCCUGGAAAGUCACCAAGAAGUUCAGAGUCCACACAUGAUACAUGGGAGGGAAUGGAUGAAUAUGAAGACGACGACUUAGAUAUGGAUGAUUCACCUGUAAAAGGGGAUGACAGGAAGCUGUAUUUCUGUGAACAGUGCGACUAUAGUUGCAGAAGUCGCAAACUUUUAAAUAGACAUGAGACCUCAUACCAUCUGAAGAGACGGUUCUUCCGUUGUGUAAAAUGCAAUUAUGUCACACAUCUCAAAGGCAGAUAUACUAAGCAUAUGAAAUACCAUCAGUUACCAAUCCUCAAGUGUGAAUAUUGUGAUUUCAGAACACCAUACAGAUGGAAUUUAGAUCGACACAUGAAGAAUCAUGUGGAGGACUGUGGGGAAUAUAAGUGCCAUCUUUGUAAUUUUACUGCUCAAAUCAAACAAAGCCUUACAGUUCACAUAUCAAAUCACCACUUAACAGCAGAACAGAUCAGGGAGCGGGAGAUGAGGCGUACCAUUGGCAUAAGCGAUCCGGCAGAUUGCACAUCAGAUGACCAGGAGUUAGAAUUACUGCGCAUGGAAAGGGACGAGCAUCCAGACGCUCUCAUUUUGCCUGGUUUUGGUUCUCCUACAUCCCCAGGCAACGGAGACAGUUCUCAGGGACACCACAAUGGUAACAACAGUUUCCGUGUAUCCAACAUUGACAUGGGCAACCAUGAUGAUUCUCACUUGGCUGCAGAUGAUAGCAAAGAUGAGGAUGGGGAACCUAGGAAGAAAAAACCUAAGAUUAAGAUAACACUGAAGAAGAUGAAGUUACCAAAGUCAAAAGAUACUUUCUUCCAGGAAUUGAAUGAGAGACAUAACUUUGAGGAAGAUUUCAUUCACCCAGAUGAUGUAGUACAUAGACAUGGUAAUGUUUACAUCAAGACAUUCAAGUGCCAUUAUUGUCCCUUUAAAGCAGCCUUCAAGAAUGAAAUAUCACGACAUGAAAAGAAAAUCCACAGCAUACCAAUGCCUAAGUCAGAAAUCUCCAAGAAGGCCAAGAAAAGCAUGAAAGCCUACAAGUCAAUGAAGAUUGCAAAAAGUCUCAAGCAUAGCAUAACUUCUAGUGACGAUGUACUCAGUGAAAUUCUGCGUUUCCCACAGAGUCUCAGGGAUGAUGAGGAAGAGAAGGAAGAGAAUGUUGUAAUGGAAGCCCUUGAAGAAAUCAGUGCUGCUGUCGCCAUCAAUGAAACAAAACUAAAAGAAGAAGAGCUCUCAAAUGGAGAGAGUAAGAUGGAUGACAACACCUCUGGCAGAAAUAGUCCAGAGAUGCUCGAUGAGCCUGUGGGGGAACAUUCCUCUGAUUCAAAGGAAAUGUCCCCAUCAAAAGACCAUGGGAAGAAGAAAGGACAGUCGUUCUUUGAGAAGUUGCAGGAGAAGAUUCCUACCUCAAAUGUACAGAAUUUGGUGUGCCAGUUUUGUGGACAUGAAUCCAAGUGCUUGUCAGAGUCAGUCAGGCAUCAGAAACUACAUCUCAGUGCAAAGAAUAUUUAUGCUUCGGCUUCCCUCUCCACAAGGUGCCAGUUCUGCCGGCAUAGAUGCAAGACCACCGAUGACCUCAUAACUCACCUGAAACUGUGUCCUGAAGCUCGCAAAAAUCAGAUAACAGACUCCGGAAGACGGCCAAGUGGUUUCAGAGAUGAGAUGGAGGACAGUGGGGAUCUGCAGGCAGAUAGAGAUGAAGACAGCAAAGACAGCAAUGAUAACGUAGAAGUUCGACAGACCAGGAGCAACAGUGUAACACAAGAUGGAGAUGAUAAAUAUGAGGAAGAUAAACACCCAAUGGAAAAUCGAGUGUUCGUAUGGAACAACUUCCAAGUGCAGGAAGAUGCUGAGCAGAAUGCAGAAGGAAGCAAGAUCAAGGAGGACUCGGAAACUGACUUGAAAGACCACAAGAAUUUGUCAGCAGAGGAUCUCCCGAAAGAAACAGGAAAGAGGAGUCUAUCUGUGUCUGAUGACCCCCUUGAUUACAUUGAGAGUCCUUCCCCUCAGGGUAACCAUUAUUACAGCAAGAGAGUUUAUAGAUGUCCUCAGUGCAGUUUUUGGGCUACCACUGCCUCCCGAUUCCAUGUACACAUUGUGGGACACUUCAACAAGAAACCUUACAAUUGCUCCGAGUGUGGUUAUAAGUCUAACUGGCGCUGGGACAUCACCAAACACAUUAAGCUGAAAACCUCCAGGGACAACAGUCACCAAGGGGCUCAGGUCAUCAUCACAGACGAGACAGGAGAAAAGAACUAUGAAAAGUACGAUUGCUACCUGGCCAUAAUCCAGCUUGAUGAGACAAACGCUCAUCGAACUGAAGGAGGGAUCCCAACCAGAAAGGGAAGACCGAAACGCACCCCAGAAAAGGAAGAGGAGAAGGAGUGUGUAACACCCUCAAUCUCCCCAGUUCGGAAGCCUCCCAUGGUGUCUAUCCCAGUGAUGCCCCGCAUGCAGGGGUUGCCUCGCCUCACCAGAGCACCUGGGUCUCGCAGCCGGCCAGGGCCAAUGCCCUUCGGUCCCAUCCUCCCUGGACCCCAGAUGAUGGUCCAGCUGGCAGGCAGUGCUGCAUCCUCAGGAACCUCAAAUUCGCGGCCGCCUCCUCCCUUAAGCCUCCGAGGGACCCCAAAAGGCGCCCCCACCUCAACCCCUUCCACUUCCAGAACCAAGUCAGGUUCCUCCAGGGAGUCUACAGAGAGUCCCACAAGUGCUCAGUACCAGAUCAUCACCCCUCAGGGGGCAGUCAAUACCAGCCUGGAGACCCUUCAGCUGCUUGCAUCGGGCUCCACCAACAUAAGUAGGCUUAAGAAGCAGCAGCAAGAGAAGGGGGGCUCCGAUGCCUCUGAGGAGACGGACAGGCAGGACACAGUGUCACACCAGAUGAGGUUGAUAGCGUGGCUCAGCUACUUGACCGGGGCAGGUGUGCAGCAGCAGGUGUCGGUGUCGUCAACCGGAGAGGAUGGACGAGAAGUGGCCAAGAUGGUGCUGGAUCACGAGGGGAAUCCAGAGUGGAAGUGCCACUCGUGUGACUUCAGAGAUAGCGAGCGUGAAACUGUUGUUCAGCAUGUGCGACUGGCUCAUGCCCGAGGAGGACCCGUUUCCUUGCUCCAUGCUGUUCAUCGGUGUGAUGUGUGUGGUUAUGCUGCCGGAACCAAGAGGGCUGUUCAGUUGCACAUUGACAGCAGUCACGGAGGCCAGGGUGGCAUCACCAGCCGCUGCGAGGGACAGACCCCAGACUCAAAGGAUAACUCAGGGGAUUCAGAGAACAUGGAGUACAAUGAGAGCACGCGAAUGUUCCAGUGCCGCCAGUGUCCUUUCUCCAGCAAGAAGCGCAGUGAGAUGAGGUCGCACGUGGUUUACCAUUCCUCGCGGCCAGACUGCAUCUUCAAGUGCAUGUUCUGCCCUUACUAUGUUCCCACUAAAGGUGAGCUCUUCGAUCAUUUGAAUGUUCACGGAAUGGAAGUGCCAGCCUCUGUGCUUGAGGCUGCCAGCAAAGUAUCCAGCACUCCUGCACCAGUGCCUCAAGAGGAACCUGGAAGUGGAUCUCGGAACCUUGCAUGUGACAGCUGUCCCUUCGAGACCAGGAGUCGUGCAAAGCUGAUGCAUCACCGCCAGUUCCACAAGCCCAAAGGUCUUCCGUUCCGCUGUCCUCACUGUACCUAUAAUGUAACACGUCGCCACCUCUUGUCCCAGCACAUCCGCGUGCAUGGAAUGGAUCCGGUGUUAGAUGACAGCAUCGAGGUGAGCAGCGUUAAUGAUAAUAAUCAGGCAGAUGACAGGUCCAACUCUCCUUCUCCAUCUCUUACCAUCACACCUGUCAACAAUGUGGCUGCCAGUGGCAAUACAGGCGAUGAUAACACGGUCACAGACUCCUCCUUGCUUCCAAAAUUGACAGACCAGAGCACCAUGGUUUUAGAUGACAUACCACUUGUUUGGGUGUCUAGAGAUAAUCGUUUCUUUAAAAUGUUCAAAUGCAGGCAUUGCCCUCAUGUUAAUUUACGUAAAACAAAUAUACAAGAGCAUGAGAAAAUGCACAAAACUGACUCAGCAAGAGAAAGCGGUGGCUUACACUGUCCAUAUUGCUCUUACGUUAGUGUUAAUGCUGGUGUUAUGUCAGCGCAUAUGAAGGUACAUGCUGGUUCCAUGGGACAGUGCCACGCCAUUGUUGACCCAUCUCUCUCAGAUGAAGACCAGUUGAGACAGCUCACAACCAGAGCAAAUACAAGUCGCCCAGAGACUCCGCAACCCCCAGAAAUACCAGCGAGCAGUGAGACUCCUGCCAGAAAAGCAGAUGAGAAGGUCAUUUACUACUGCCAACAGUGCCCUGCCAGAUUCUUCUUUGAGAAGGAGAUUCAGAUUCACACCCGGUUCCACACAACGAGUCUGCCUCACAAGUGUAAUCACUGUAACUACGGUGCACGUCAGCAGGCUCACCUCCUCGCACAUCUCAAGGUGCACACACCUGAGUACCAGCAACGUACUCGCACCAUGAUGAGUCAGCACCGAACUGCUACCACACAUCCUCCGGUUCCAGGGCUAACAAUCCCCCAUGAAACACCUGUGGAGAACUCUGGUGACACCCAUGAGUUGGCCAACAACUCGCGGCCAUUCUCAGCAUCCCCACCUCCUACCUCCGUUCCACAACCUCCUCCUACAAGCAAGUACAUGUGUGAUGAGUGUCCAGCAUCAUUCUCCAAGCUGUUGACCUUACAGUAUCAUCAGUCUCUGCAUGGAGCCAACAACCCCCACAAGUGCCAGCGAUGUUCAUAUGCAGGCAAGACAGAAGAAAACCUCCAACAACACCAUCUGUUGCACAGUCAAUAUGAUGAGACCAUACAAGCAGAAAAAGCUUCCAAAGAACCACCACCACCCCCUACCCCACCUCCUCCUCCUCCUGAUCCUGAUCCUAAACCUGCACCUGUCCCUGUCUCAACCCCGAGUGAAACCCCAGCUCCUAAAGCCCCAGAGAACGAAAAGCCAGCACCUUCAGAAGAGCCCUCCAAGAGUAGCUCGAAGAGCACCGAGAGGGACUACUCAUAUCAUCCACCAAUCAAGCUGAAGCUGAUUGGUUUGAGACCAAUCGCUUCAGAAAGUGGUGGGCGACCACAGUUCAAGUAUUAUGUUGAAGAACAGAUUCCUCUCUCUGGUGUAGACUUGCUGAGACGGAAAACACAGCUGGAGAAGGAAGGGCAGGAUAAGAUUACCAGUAAUGAAUCGGGAAGUAGCAAGGGGUAUAGUGGGAAGAGCAAGUCGUCGAAAGAGAAAGAGGAUGUGGAAGAGGAUGACCCCAAGAGGAUAGGUGACCCGAAGUUGUACUACCCAAUGCACAUAGACAAGGUCACAGGGAAGUCCCGCGAAAAGAGGUACAAGUGUAACAAGUGUCCUUCGGCCUUUGAGAAGACAGAGCAGUAUCAUGUUCACUCCAAUCUCCAUGGUUCGAAUCACAAGUACAGGUGCCGCAUCUGCGAUUACUCGGUGAAGUUCUACGCCAAUUUCAUGAUGCACAUUAACCGCCACAAGUACCACGAGCGGAUGCUCUCUCAGAAUGGUGAAGGCCCUCCGCCAGAGGACAUUGACCCCAAGUAUGAGCCCAUCAUCAGCUCUAAUGAAAACAACAUCCAGGGAGAAAAACCGAGCAAGAGCAGGGGGGAAGAGUCAAACAAAGAGAAUUUGGAUGAUGUUGACCUCACCACCUCUGAGCGCCAGCAUCUCCUUUUGCAAAACAAGAAAGGGGUGAAGGAGCCAGCCAGCAAAGAAGAUGAGAAGGAGAGGAGAGUCUAUUACUGCCAGUAUUGUCCUUACGCUAACGUCAGACGCGACGCAGUGGAUAGCCACAGUUUGCGUCACCAAGCCAAUGGUGGGUAUGGCGUCUACAAGUGUACUUUCUGUGACUAUACGGCCUCGCAGCCCAACUUCAUCCGUGAGCAUACCAAGGUCCACUUCCGUCCCUUCAAGUAUGUUCAUCCUGAGGGAUUCAUGCGCCAUGACCGUCAGGAGAUCCUAAGUGCCCCCGCUGUGCUCCCAGGAUCCAAGGUAAUCGACGGUCCCAAGUUGCAGGACAGCAAAAACGCAAGCAAUGUCGAGGACCGGUACCUCAUUUUCUCCCAUGACGCUGGCGUGUACAAGCCGCCCAUAAUCAGCAACCCAGGGGAGGAGGAGGAACCCGACUCGCACAUCGCCAGUGGAAUUCAGGUCAACUUCCGUUCGGGCGACAUUGUGGAAGCGCCCAACGACUUCGUGAUUUCCCUGAGGCCCGGCACCAAGAUCCGCACCGGGCCAGGGAUGAUGGAGUCCAGCGACCCGUUUGCUAUUGACGGAAUGGACUCUGCAGCCUCCAGUGUACAGGGCGAGAGUGCACUGUGCAGUGCUGACAUUAUCUCCAAGUCUCACCCAGACGAGUCGCUACCGGAGAACGAGGAUCCGAUCGAGGACAAAGCGGAAAAGAUGGACGUAGACGCACAUGAUCCCGCAGAGGGAAAGAGUCAGGCGCAGCAGGAGCCCCUCGAGGACGAUCAGGAAACCAGACUGACCAACGGCCACGCCCACAUGGAGGUCGGAGAGGGGUCCAAGGAGGCCACCGACAAUGAGGAAGAGAGCGCGAAAAUGAUGGGUGAGGAGGGAGGACGCGCGGCUGAGAAGGAGUCGGCGGACAGCUCCCGCGGCAGAAGCGGUCGCACAACCUGAGCCUUUAGUCAGUUCUUAGUGAACAUAUCAUUUGUAUCGGCAGUUAAAACAAUAUAUAUAUUUUUGUGAUUCGGGCUGUGAUUAGAGAGAGAAAAAAUGUGUACGGCCAUUUGUACUGAAAAAAAAAACAAUAGUUCGUUGGAGUGUAGCACUUACAUUAUUGUAAUUAAGUAAUUUAUUCACAACAGAAUAUACUUCCUGGCAUUAUUUAUAUAGCUUUUUAGUAUAGGAGGGCAUCAGUCACUCUAACUGCCACGUUCAGGUUUUAACAGACCAAAGACUUGGAUCGGCAUAAAACUUUUUAUCAACUGUGUAUCUAAGUUAAAAAGAAGCGAAAAAAAUAGAAAAGAAAGAGAACUUUCAUUUUUUGCCUUUACCAAGCAUUUUACGUGACUUUUGUAUGCUCAUGUAUGAUGUGUAAUAGUCCAAGCAAGAAGUGUGAUUCUUUGUGUAUGUAUACACCUAUUAUGUAUCUAAUUUAAUAAUGUUGCUGGUCAUGUUACCGUAUGUUGUGAGGUCGGAUGAACGCAUAGCGCGUGCCGGAUCUCUGUAAUGUGGGUGAGAGACAGACAAAGAAAGGAAGACGGAUAAACAGUCACAGACAGACAGAGACAUAACGAAUGAUUGUGUGCGAAGAAGAGAGAGGGAGAGAGAGAGAGAGUGAAUAUGACAAAAGUUUGAAGAUAAGGGAGAUGCUAAUUCAGAUACCGAAGAAUAGGGUAGAUGAAUUGUCCUGUGUAAUAUGCAUGUGUGUGUGUGUGCGCGUGUGCGUGUGUUUUGUAGACCAACAGACGAAAGAGGGAAGAGUCAACGCUAAGCAGACAAAGGGAAUGACAAAAGCAUCCUCAGAUUUGUACACCUUCCGGUUUCAAAGAAUAUCGAAUCUGUUUGUUAACGAUUCAGAUUUGUAACAGGUAACGAAAGCAAAAACAAACAAAGAAGGACUAGAUAUUUUAUUUGGUAUUUAAAUUUUAUCUUAAAGUAUAGUAUUAUUUUUUAUAUCGGCAACACUAGUAAUUUGUUACAGUGAAUAAAAUUUUAUUCACCAACAGCACCCAUUGUCCAUUUUUUGCUGCCUUUUCAAUUUUUUUUAGAGGUCUUGGUGAACUGAGGUAAAAUGAAGAGAUGAGAUUUUUGUAAAGAGAGAAAAAAAAUCUCCAAACUUACCAACCCUUUGUUGUGAGCACAGCUGUUUGCGUUCGUCUUCGUUGUGGGCGGGAUUUUGUAAUCUAUUUUCACAAGAAUUUUAUGCUAAGAA